UGAUUAAUUCUGCUGUUUGACAAAAAAUAAGAGCGGAAGGUUCCUGUCUUGUCAUAGUACUGUGUAUUGCCUGUGGUUAGGGGAUGGUGUGUUUUGAUUAAGGUAGAGUCAACACCAUUCGCCCGCAGAGUUAUGAGUUACGUGGAAGAUUGAUAAGGGUAUUGGUUUGGCCCGGGUGCGUUAGUAAGAGAGGUGCUAUCAAGCCUGACAGUACGCGCGUUUACCCUCACACGCUUUUGUUCCGUCCUGUCAUAACGGUAGUUGGAGAAAUUUUGUGACGGUGUGAAGAAUUUUAUUUGAAGUUGAAGAAGAACUGCUACAUACCUGAUCCGUGGGUUGAGGGCAAGAUGGCCAUGAUGAAGCAGUACGUGGACGUGUUCCUCAGCCCUUCCACUCUACACUACAUCAGCAACAAUACUGUGGUUGGCAUUUGGUGGCAUCAGUUCUCUGCAUUAUUCUGGAGUUCUGACUUCUGGCUACCGUCUGGGCGUCAGUGGGAAAACAUAGAGCCCAGCAACAAGUUUCAGUACCCCAACUUCCACGACGUGUGGGUCUACCCGCUGCUGCUCAGUGUUGGCUUCAUCUUGUUUCGCUUCUUCCUCCUCGAACCCUUCGUGCUGGAGCCUCUGGCACUUGCUGCAGCCGUACCCAAUAAACGGCCUCAUCCACCUCCACCCAGCAAAACAUUAGAGACUUUUUAUCGCCUGUAUGGACUAAAACCCUCAACGAAACAACUUGUGGAGGCUGCAGACACCUCGACACAUGACAGUGAGACAAGUUGAGAUGGUUACGUCGUCGGCAGGCGAUUACUCACACCACAAAACAUGACAAAUUUAUUGACUGCGGGUAUAAUUUACUGUGUCAUAUUU